GAUUCCAUUUAAAGGCAUAUCUUUAGAAGAGAGAAAAGAAAAAGUGAGUGUGCAUUUUCACACUUAACAUUUGUGUUCUUAUUUAGAAAAGAAACUAACUAAGGAUUUUGUUAAGAGCAUAUAGUUGAAAAGUGCUACUAUGCUUGAGAAAGCAGCAGCUCGUGAGAUUGGUGGUGCUUCUUCUUCUUCAUUUGGGUCUGGAAAUUCAAGUGAUAAUGAUUCAUCAUUAGUGAUGGAAUCUGAUUCAUUUGAAGAAGUGAUAUCUCCUUCUUCUUCUUCUACUUUUUCUACUUCUACAAAUGACCCAUUGAGUGAUAUGUCUAGUUUGUUUCAACAACUUCCCAUUAAGAGGGGGCUAUCAAAGUAUUACGAAGGAAAGUCACAAUCUUUUAGUUCAUUAGCAAAAGUAAGGAGCUUGGAGGAUCUUGCAAAGCCAGAGAACCCAUACAACAAGAAGUUGAAAUCUUGUAGAAGCUAUGCACAGAAAAUGGGUGAUGAUGAUGAUGAUGAGAGCCAUCAAGCUUCUAGUUGUAAUAAGAGAGGAUUGUUGCAUUCUUCAACAAGUUUUUCAAGGGCUUCAUGUUCUUCACUUAUUAGUUCAACAAAAAGGGUCAAUGAAAAUAAUAAUAAUAGUAAUAAUAAUAACUUCAUUGGUAGUAGGCCACCUAUUCCACCUCAUAGGUCUACUAGUUCUACCACCAUCCCUAGUCAAACCAUUUUGUUAGUUUGAAAGGGAUUUUAUUAGAGUUGAGUUUUUUUGUUAUUUCUGGUUUUUUUCCCUUUUUUUUUUUUGGUUAGUUAAUUAAAAUUUGAGAGUUAGGAGUUUGGUGCUUGUUAUUUGGGACCAUAUGAUGUUGAUUUAACUAGCUAGUUUCAAUUGUCAAAGAAAAUUAGAAAACCAUAAAAAAAUCCCAAGAAAUCAGAA